AUGGCCAAUGCCAUAGAAUCGGCGAUUCUCUUCCAGGUAGAGAACAAUACCUUCCUUCUGGACAUUCCAUACUCGAUCGCCCUCGCCCAAGGGGAAACAGCCCCAUGCAAACAGUCUGAGCCGCCGACAGCAGAAUCGAGCUCAAGGACACAAACGAACAAGUCGCAAAGAAAACAACUCCUAUCUUGUUCCCCUGCCAAAGAACCAUUCCCAUCAACUGAGCCCAAAAAACCAAGUGCCCGUGCCAAGGUACUUGAAAGCUCUCCUAUCGCCGAGAGACGGUUCCACUCGGAAUUGAUAUUGCCUCUCGUGAAAGACUCCCUGGAAAUUAUCAGGGCUGGGGUCGAACAUGGUCGAUGGUGUCUCACCAGAGCUGUGCCCUGUGAGGAAGUGCACGAGUAUAGGGUGCCAGGUCACACUCCAUCACGGAAACGACGGAAAGAGAAUGAUUCUACAUCCCUACAGCCUGGACCCGAUGGCCAUGUUAUAACACUCGAUGAGCCACCCGUGAUUCUAUCAUCUGCCGCACCUAAUAUAUUCGAGUCACUCUCGGAGCUUAAGGUAGCAAAGAAUCCAUCAUCAGAGACCGCAAUUAUCCAAAUUGGAACGUCCUAUGAAACCAUGGGUGAAUACCUGGUUCCACCAGGGUCAAGCUUCAUACUAUGUGAACUGCCUAUUCUUAAAGGAUCUGAUUACUAUGCAGCGCAUGAAAUCCCCAUCCCCGGGCUUUCGCAGAGGUUCAACCUUAUCCUGAUGGACCCGCCGUGGCCAAACCGAUCUGUUCGGCGAAGCGGCCACUAUACAAUAAACCGCUACUCCGAGAUGGAUAUACUCACCGAGGGAAUGCGAGAGAUUCUUCAAACACACUCGUAUCGACGUGAGGAUAUAACGCAGGAGUUGGCAGAAACGCAGAGCGGAUCCCAGAUUCAGAGCCAACAAUCUAUAGCCGCUAUAUGGAUUACCAACGCCGAAAAGUCACGGAAAGCUGCCUAUCAUGCAAUGAGUAGUGCAGGAUUUAACGUCUGCGAGGAAUGGGUCUGGGUCAAGACCACACUGAGUGGCCAGCCGAUUUCAGCUCUGGAUGGUCUUUGGCGGAAACCGUACGAGAUUCUGGUCAUCGGUAAACAAAGAACAGAUUCUAGAAUAUCUGCAUCAUCGUCGUCCCAAACAGAUGAUUUGACAAUCGUGAGUGAAGCUGUCGCUACGAGAAGAGUCAUCGCCGCGGUCCCAGACCUGCAUUCUCGCAAACCCAAUCUGAAAAGCAUUUUUGAAAAGGUCUUUUUCUCCAAUGAAAGCUCCCGUGAGUCAUACACUGCUCUCGAGGUAUUUGCCCGAAAUUUGACAGCUGGUUGGUGGGCCUGUGGGAAUGAGGCUCUCAAGUUCAAUGCCCGCGAGUGCUGGGUUAAUGAUACAACAGGAAAUUAG